GUUGCUGAUUAUUUAUUUUGGCAGACAGAAGACCAUGUGGAGAGCUCGUGGCUUUAGUAAGAAGCUGGCCAACGGACCAGGCAUCAGGCAACCAUCCAACAGAAAAAGACAAAGGAUACCUUCCAUUGGUGAUGGGAGUCCACCGAGAUCAAAUGGGGCACUAGUAUCUUCACAUCCGUGUCUCCCUGAUCUAUAUAACCACACAAGCAGACGACACUGCUAUUAUUAUUCUGCAAGUAGCAGUAGUAGCAAUAGCAGCACUACCCUUCGACGUAUCCGAGAGCAGGAAGGCUUGUCAAUUCCACAAGAUACCAUUCCAGCUACCCCGGCGAGUAAUAAGCAAUACAACAACAUCACCCAUCCAAAUAAUAAGAAACGGCUGCAAGAACACAGUCGACGAAACAAUCGAGACUUCCGACACACACAAGAAUUGCUAAAGGCCGCGCAACAACGUCUACAAGAAUUGAAAACCGUGCCCAGUUGGAAUCCGCAAGAUUGGAGAGAUGCACAACAGGUCAUGGAAUUUUGGUUGGCCACUUCCAACAAGGGCCAACAACAACAACAACAACAAAAGUUUCAUUUGUCCCUGGAAGAACACGCCAACACGGUACAGAAUGCAUUAGAGUUGUUGGAGAGAAUGAUCCAGGAACAAAUGGCUAUUACACAGCAAUCUACUUCACAACAACAACAAGAACAUCAACAAGACAAUCCAUGUGGCAGCCUUGCCAAGGUGAUUCUCACACGAACCAAAUGGCUCGACAAAAUCACCCGCCAUUGGCAACAGUUGGAAAAGAGAACAGCACAGCAGCAACAACAGCAACAACUACCACCACAAAACACGUUCCACGAGGACUUUCUACAAAAGUUAGAGGCAUUGGUGGAUGAUCCAUCCAAUAGCAAUGGAAUCCUGCACAUGAAUCCCCGCAUCUACGCCAUGGUUAUGGAUGUGGCCGCUAGACAAACGGUACGAAUGGCAUCGUCUUCCACCAAACACAGUCAGGAAUAUCAUGCUGGAGGAUACAUGGCCGUGUUACCAACUCCCGAACUGAUUGCCAAGGUAGAUUACUUGGAAUCCAUCUUGUGGAAACAAAUGCCACAACGAAACAUUCUUCCCGAUACAGUCAACUACGCGACCGUGUUACAAACAUGGGAGUAUAUUGGGGAGGGGACUCGAGCACAGAACUGUUUGCAGAAAAUUUGUAACUUGUACGAAAACAGUCAAAAUAGUAAUGACGACAACAACAACAAAAUGGCGCAUACACCACCCAAUCGAGAGUGUUUUCAACACGUGCUAAACGCCUUUGCCAGAGGCCCCAAAUCGCCACAAACCGUGGACCAAUGCCGUCAAGUGAUGGCUCAAAUGCAAGACUAUCAUUCCACUCGUGGACUCGACACGGCACCCACGGUACGAACCUACAAUACGCUACUCACGUGCCUCUUGCACAAUCCAUUCGUGGAGGAGCCCAUUGCACAAGCGGAACGACUCUUUCGACAAGAAAUGCCCGUGGAACUCCGGGACAAGCAAACCUACAAUAUUCUGCUGGAAAUGUACUCGAAACGUGGAAUGGCCGACGAGGCAUCGGCGUUGCUGCAGAAAAUGUACGAACUAUAUCAAGAGACACAAGAGGAACGAGUAGCACCGUACACCAAAUCGUUCAACUUGGUACUUUCGGCACUCAACAAGGCGCGGAAUUACGCCGGCGUCGAAGAACAAUUCCAGUUGAUGGAACAGCUGCAUGCUGAUGGGGCAUUGCCCAACAAUGUUGCACCGGAUCAAUUCACUUAUUCCAUUCUCUUGGAGAGUUGGGCGCAACAAGUCGGCAAGGUGCCAAAUGCCACGGAACGAUGCGACAACAUUUUGUAUACCAUGAAACGAUUAUCGAGCAACGCAGGAAACACCGUUCGUCCCACAACGGUCACGUAUUCCAUUGUCAUGAAGGCACACGCCAAGGUUGGAAACGCUAGACGGGUGGAAGAAUUGCUGGGGGAAAUGAUGGAUGAAUACAUGCAACGCAAAAAUCCAGAUGUUCGCCCGAUUUGUUGGCUUCAACACGGUUCUGUUGGCGCUUUCGAAAUCCGGACAGCAUGA